AAUGGCAGUGUGGCAGUCACAGAUGACAGCCGGGGGGCUGGUGGUGGUGUUGCUACUGGUCACGCCUGCGUUCAGCCUGGAUAAUGGACUCGGAUUGACCCCGCCCAUGGGGUUUAAUCCCUGGAAUUGCUACGGCAUUGAGUCUACCGGCCUGCCCAAGCUGCCGGGCUCGAAGAUCGUGGGCUUUAACGAGACAGUGAUCAAGGCCGUGGCGGAUGCUUUUGUCACUUUGGGCCUGAAGGAAGCUGGCUACGAAUACGUCAACCUUGACUGUGGCUAUUCCACUGGCUUUCGCGAUGCUCAGGGCCAGCUCGUAGUCAACACUUCACUCUAUCCCUCUGGCCUCAAGGCCCUCGGGGACUACAUCCAUGAUAAGGGCCUCAAGUUUGGCCUCUACAGUGACGCUGGCGCCGUUCAGUGCUGCAGCCGCAUCUGGCCUGGCGCUAAUGAUGGAUCGCUGGGCCAUGAAGCCGCCGAUGCCGCCUGGUUUGCUAGCUUGGGCAUUGACUACCUCAAGCACGACAACUGCAAUCCGGGCCCUUCCUCGUAUCCUGACAUGCGUGAUGCCCUGAACAAGACAGGCCGUCCCAUCUACUACUCCAUUCAUGGCCCAAUUGCCAAUGAUUCGCUCGCCAACUGCUGGCGCACCACGACUGACAUCAACCCCAACUGGGACUCUUUUUACCAACGCGCCCAUGAGAACAACCAGUACAUUGCCGCAGCCCGACCAGGUGCCUUCAACGAUGCUGACAUGCUCGAGGUGGGCAACGCACCCCUGACCAUGGCUGAAAAUCGGGCACAUUUUUCCUUGUGGUGUCUCAUGAAGGCGCCACUUCUCAUUGGCACUGAUCUGGUUGCCAAUCCCCCAUCACGAAGCGUGUUGGAAAUCUUGACUAAUAAAGAUGCCAUUGCCAUCAACCAAGACCCCCUGGGUCAGCAGGGCCGGUUCCAAAACGCCACAGCUGAUGGCUGUGAGGUGUGGUCUGGGGCGCUAGCUGAUGGUGACACAGCAGCCAUCAUACUCAAUGUGCAAAACUCCACCGUGACCUGCAAUGCCCCCCUGAGCAUGAUACCCGGGCUCAAUCUCACCCAGGACAUGAGCGUGCGCGACAUUUGGAGUGGCCAAACAGUGUCAUUGCCUGCUGGGUCCAAGACGUGGAAAGUGACGCUCGAUUCUCAUGAUGUGGCCUUUCUGCGAUUUACCAAGGCUUGA